AUGAAUGCUUUGGUUUUGAAAAAUGGUUUUAUCCGCUCAAUAAACAUAUACCAGAGGGAAAUUCUAGUACUGGAAGAGGAAAACAAGAGCUUAAUGGAAACAAGAAUUCAACCAUUGUCUCUGUGCCUGAACCAGAACAUCCCAAUGGAAUCAAAAUUAAACGGUUUCAGUGGGUUUCGAGGGUGUUCUUCACGCAAUGAGGAGUGUAAGUUCAUUGCUUCUGCUGAUUCUUCUUUCUGGGCUCGCUUACUGCUGGUCUGCCUCCUUCUUUCAACAACGCGACACGGAAGAACACUCAGGAUUCGAAUGUGGGUGAUGGAUUCAAUGGCUAGACUGGAGCAAAAAGUGGGAGAAGAGAUAGAACAGAACGAAGGACAAAGUGGGAUUUUGCUGUUCGAGUUUCAGCAAGCGAGGAUUGCCAUGGAGGAAUUGAAGGAAGCAUUGGAGAGAACAAGAGAGGGACGUGAAGGAUUUGAGAUUGAAGAGAAAGUUGAGAAGUUGAAGAGCUGGAUUGGGAUGUUGAGAUGUGGGGUUGAUCCAUUGCAGGACAGACUGAUGAUUUGGUUGAUGAAAUAG